GGAAAAGAAGGGAAAAAAAGAAAGACUGGACCCUGCCCACUCAAUCAGUGUUAGUUGAAAAGUCUUGUGAAGGUUGGAGAAGUCAUCUUGGCAGUUCACCUGUACGAGUCUAUCCUCCAUCUACACCCAUUUACCAACUAUACUGGUGAAGAAAAUGUCCAGCAUAGAAGUCAUAACGGCAAGGUUUGACUUGUUUAACAAGAUGUACAGUGGUGAUUUACGUGAGCAAAGCUUUGCUAACUGGCCCUUUCGAGAAGACUGUAAAUGCACACCUGAAAAGAUGGCCAGUGCUGGAUUUGUGCACUGUCCCUCUGAGAAUGAGCCUGAUGUUGUUUCCUGUUUCUUCUGUCUCAUUGAGCUGGAAGGCUGGGAGCCCGAUGAUGAUCCCUGGCAUGAACACAUAAACCGCUCACCUACUUGUGAAUUCCUCCACCUGAAGAAAGAUGUCACUGAACUGACGGUGGCAGAGUUUUUCCACAUAGAGAGGGAGAGGUUGAAGAUCUUUGUUAGAAAAGUUUGUCAUAAGAAGAUGGCACAUCUGCGGGACACAAUAGAUGAGACCCUUAAACGCUUUCGAUCACAACUGGAUUCUGUAUGACCCAUAGUCAAAUUAUGAUUUUUGAUAACUUCAUGUCAUGGAUUUAUAAAGUUUGUCUGUUUGAAAUGUAAAUAAAGACAUUUUGUGUA